UGCUAGCUACUAGCUAACCCAAUGUUGUGCUGACAUGUGAUCUAGCUGAUAGCUUAUCAACUAACAAGUUAGCGAGUUGUAGAACGUUGGCGUGCGUUUUAUAACUACAUUGAGGGGUCCCUAUAUUUGUCAAUCAAUGUUGUAUUUCCAUACAUAACAUCAACGUUGAUGCAUGGUUCACUUGUUUCCGGUUGUGUCUGUUAGAUUGUUCAUCGUCCAACCAAUCCACUCGGCUACCAGAGGUUGAAUGUCAGUUCACGUUUAAUAAAGUCUAGAAUGUGAAAUGUUACAACAUAAUAUUGUAACUGCCAGAACAACUGAUUGCAGAGGCAGAAUAAACUGCAAUCAUUGGUAAAUAUCGCUUGUCUUAAUGACAAGCAGUACGCUGCAGUGUUAGGUAUGUACGGUUUUUCUAUGUCAUGUAUCAACAUAACGGUUCUAUAGUUAUAGAAGAAACAUCACGAUAUUCGCUACUGUAGUUAUCGAGUAAAUGUACCAAAUUACUGUGUUAUUGGAAAGACGAGACGUCUGAGUAUCAAUUACAAUCUCGUGGGUUGCUGUUUCCACAACUCACUGUCAUCAUGGGCAGUGUUGCCAACUCUUCAGUAAGGAAAUUGGCCAUGUGCAUGUAAUUGUGAUGGAAGCUGUAGGAGAGAGAGGAAUAACGUCGUGGGAGAGACAAAAAGUUUCUUAUUUGGGAUUGAGAGGGGACCAAGAAGAUAAAGAGCUGGUCCUUCCUUUGGGUGGCUGUGGCAUGGUGGUCUGGUGACUGUCUGGGGUGUCCCCUGGUGACUGGGGUUACACCCUCCCUCCCCCCUGUCGUGAAUGGCUGCAUGUAGAGGGGCCCUCGCCUUGUGUGUGAGGAGCCAUGGCAACAGGCAACCAGUCAAGCAACAGUGCUGGAGUCUUGCACAGGUGCUGGAUGUGCAGUGGAGUGGACAGAUUCGGCCUCUCAGCAGCGCAUCAUGGGCCCUGGUUCCCCCCAACAGUCUGAGGUACCAGAACAUCAAGCAGCCGUCCCUGUCACACCCCUUCCACCAUGCCAGCCACAGCCAGAGGCCCUCGGGCCUGGACGAGGCCUGGGAGGAGACUGUCAGCCUGUGUUUGCUGGUGCGGCCUGUCCCUGGGGAGUGUGAUGACCAGCACACCCUGGCGGAGGUGCCUCUGUUUGGGCAGACUAAAUUAAGUGAGAUCCUGGCUCCGAGAGGACUCAGUAGGCCCGUGGAGUUCCUCUUCCCCAUGACCACUGUGGAUGGGAGCCGAGAGGACGACAUCAGCGUUGGGAUGACGAAGAUGAACGAGGGAGAAUGGCUGCAUGAUGAUGCAGAAAAGAGGGAGAGAGGAUCGUUCCGACGCCUGUUUGAGACGGAAGGAUGUCCUGCUCCAUUUAUGUUUGGAUCCAGGUUUUACUGCUUCCACUGUCCUGGAAUGGAGCCGUUGCCUGGUUACGGGGACAAAUCGGGCAAUAUGAUUGGACUAGAGAAAGAGUUGUCGCUGUUGUUCCACACCUCUCUGUAUAGUAGCUACACAGAGAGAGAGACAGUGGAGGGGGGACACAGCGACAAAGAGAGGGAGGAUGAGGAGAAACUGGCCUUGAUGUAUGAAAAGCUGAGGAUUGAGCUUCCUAGUUUUUUUGUGAAGAGUCAUGACUACACCAUGUACACAAAUGAUAUCGAGUUCGUCAACUGUAUUCUAAAUGCCAAGACCAGGGGCAGAGUUCUGUACCAGCUGAGCCUGUCUCUGUGGAGGCUGCUGUGUCUCUGUUAUUAUGCUGAGGCCCGGUUAGAGGUACUGAAACUGACUAAGCACCCAGAGGACGGGACCAUCAAGGCCAGGUGGAGGGUCAGAGGACUGCCCUUCCUCUCUCUGCUGCUGAGAUUCUACCGCAAGGACAAAACUGACCUCUACAGGUCAUAUGAUGCGUUCUCCACCUUCUACCUUGGCCAUGAUGGACUCAUACACUGUCACAAAGUGGAAAAAAUGAUGAAGGCCCAGCCGCCCAUCCUGCCCAGGGUGACCACUCUGUUAGCGGGGGCCCUUGUGGCCCUGGGGGUCCAGGAGCACCGGCCGGCCCUCAACCUCCUGCCCCCCUUGCUCUCCUCCCUCCGACAGAGCCGAGACGGAGAGAAAGGAGGGUCUAGAGGAAGGAGCAUGUGUGUACCAUGAAAGGAGUAACGCACACAGAGAGAGGGAAACGUGCAAUCAAUGUUGUCCAGAAAAAAACUUGUUUAUCCCUGAUCACCCGUACAAUCUCCCCCUAUUGUAUGCCUGCUCUGGAAAAAAAUUACAUUAAAAUAAACCUUUCCAAACCUGUUCUCUCUCUGGACUCCCACAGCAAUAGAAUAGCUGCUAAUAUUUUAGUUCAUAUGCAAUCCAGAACUUCAGUUUUUCCAAUAAGUUGAGUUGGUACCUUAACGCACAAACAAAUGAUCGCCCAGCACUGAGUGACUGCUUGUGGGAUGUUGAACCUCUCUCUGGGCCUACACGCUCACCUUGCACAUAGCCUGCUGCUCAUAAAAGUAUCUGCUAAAUGGAAUAUAUUAUUGGACAAGCCUAUUUUCACUACAUUACAUGAAGACACUGUUAAAUGCAAAAAAAAAAAAUGCAAGCUUAGUAUUAAAGUUAAAUCGAUUAAUCAUUAUUGGAAUCAGUCAUUUUGUGUUUCAUGUGUCCUCAGCCUAUGGGGCAGUCAAGCGUGCCUGGGAACUGGGCACACAUUUGUCACUGGUUUCCUUUGAAUACAGUUGUCACUGGUGAAUGCAUUGUUGAUGUAACAGUUUGCACACAGCCCAAUAAACCCUUUAUUGAGGCCAGGGGGUCUUAAUAUGGAGAGAUUAGACCCCAUUCCAUAUAGCCAUUUGAAGUAGUCUAUUAUCUAUGGCCUGCCAUGACUCAAUGUGGGCCUUGUUCUAACAGACCCUCUGAUCUCUGUGUGCCAGUGGAAAGUCAUCGAGGUGGCAUAAAGCAACCAAAUGCAUGAUGUUGUGUCGGUCUCUCUGUCCCUGUACAAACUUAUUUUGAAGUGUACAUGUCAAUCUCAUAAGACUCUUAUUUUGAAGAGCCUUAAAUCUCAUGUCCUCAUUGCUGUACCUUUAACUCAACCCCAUUUGUACCUUGGUUGGAAACGGCUAAUAUCCUUCCAUGUUGGAUGGCUAACUGGCUGUCAGGGAGAGGAGACAGCUGCAGACUGCCUGGCUUGCAGUUCAUGUUUGACCUGACCUCAGCUCAUGUCCCUGACACUGCAACACAGUUGCAUGACAUACACUACAUGACCAAAAGUAUGUGGACACCUGCUCAUUGAACCUCUCAUUCCAAAAUCAUGGGCAUUAAUAUGGAGUUGGUCCCCCCUUUGCUGCUAUAACAGCCUCCACUCUUCUGGCAAGGCUUUCCACUAGAUGUUGGAACAUUGCUGUGGGGACUUGCUUCCAUACAGCUACGAGCAUUAGUAAGGUUGGGCGAUUAGGCCUGGCAUGCAGGCAGCGUUCCAAUUCAUCCCAAAGGUGUAGGUUGAGGUCAAGGCUCUGUGCAGGCCAGUCAAGUUCUUCCACACCGAUCUCAACAAAACAUUUUCUGUAUGGACCUUGCUUUGUGCAUGGGUGUAUUGUCAUGAUGAAACAGGAACGGGCCUUCCCCAAUUGGAAGCACAUAAUUGUCUAGAAUGUCAUAUGCUGUAGCGUUAAGAUUUCCCUUCACUGGAACAAAGGCAACCAUGAAAAACAGCCCCAGACCAUUAUUCAUUCUCCACCAAACUUUAGAGGGCACUAUGCAUUUAGGCAGGUAGCGUCCUCCUGGCAUUCGCCAAACCCAGAUUAGUUUGUUGGACUGCCAGAUGGUGAAGCGUGAGUCAUCACUUCAGAAAAUGUGUUUCCACUGCUCAAGAGUCCAAUGGCGGAGAGCUUUAAACCACUCCAGCCGACACUUGGCAUUGCGCUUGGUGAUCUUUGGCUUGUGUGCGGCUGCUCGGCCAUGGAAACCCAUUUCGUGAAGCUCCUGACGAACAGUUAUUGUGCUGAAGUUGGUUCCAGAGGCAGUUUGGAACUCGGUAGUGAGUGUUGCAACCAAGGACAGAUGAUUUUAACAUGCUUCUGCACUUGGCGAUCCAAUUCUGUGAGCUUGUGUGGCCUCCCACUUUGUGGCUGAGCUGUUGUUGCUCCUAGACAUUUCCACUUCACAAUAACAGCACUUACACUGGACUGGGGAAGCUUUAGCAGGGCAGAAAUUUGCCGAACUGACUUGUUGGAAAGGUGGCAUCCUAUGACGGUGCCACAUUGAAAGUCACAGCUCUUUAGUAAGGUCAUUCUACUGCCAAUAUUUGUCUAAGGAGAUUGCAUGGCUGUGUGCUCGAUUUUAUACACCUGUCAGCAAUGGGUGUGGCUGAAAUAGCCAAAUACACUAAUUUGAAGGGGUGUCCACAUACCUUUGUAUAUAUAGUGUAUAUAGCACUCUGGAGUCAGGUUUUUGAAAACAUGUGCAUUUGCCUGUUCGGGACUGACACUUCUCUGUUAUUUUCUGAACGGUAAACAAUACUCUUGAUUGGAAUGACAGUUGACUUUUAAUUUAAUGGUUAUUAUAAGUUGCAAAAAAAGGAGUAUGUGUAGAAUAUUGAGUACCUGUCAUCAGAAUGCGACUCAUCCUUGCAUCUGCAUCGUUGAUAAAAUAUGUUUCACUCAACAUGAUAAUGUGUGUGUUUGAGACUACAAUACAUAUGCUUUCUUAAACUAGGUGACAAAGCAUGCCAUGUGUUAAAUCUAGCAUGACCGUUAAUACUCAAUAACACUUUACUUUGAGGGGGCAUACGUAAGACAUUCAUAACACCUCAUGAAUGACGUUGAAUAAAUAAGUUAUGAAGGUUGUUAUGAAUGAUACUGGAACACUUGUAAAGUUGUUACGAUCUCUUUCAUUAAGGUUUUAACCCCUUCAAGUAACGUGUUACCUAACUCUUUAGUAACAGUAAAAUUCAAUCAGUACAAAAAUCGUAAUGGAAAAAAUGAAUGGAUCAUUCUCGUCUAGUGCCGUGUGUUUCGCUACUUUAAGAUUUGACUCAAACGUUUUUGUUGUUGCAAUAACUCAACAUAUUGUGUGAAACCUGGCAAUGUAUGUGUGAAUAAAACGAUCUAGUGAUUAUAAAUGUA